AUGGUAGUUCAAUUGCCACAGGGCUAUUUUGAAUGCAUUAAACGUGUUAGUGUUGAGCCGCAUGUGUGGGUCGCGUAUGAGCCACGCGGGGAAUCCUCCCAAUUCCCACUCGGCGUCAAUGUAUGGCCCGAUUCGGAACCACACAAACAUAUCGGCGAAUGCCCGCACAUUACGGAAACCGGUCUCGAAGUCCCACUGACCCGGUGUGUCCUCGUGUAUGUUCCAGGCCACGUACAAUGUUUACAUACGGUGUUAAGUCCUGCGGCUCUGAACCUCAAUAGCCUGUCCUUCCAAUACUCGUGCGGUAACCGAAAUGUGAAGUGCUCGGAGUCGGCCCUCAGUCUCGACGCGAUGCCACCCGCGUGGGACUUCGAGACCGGUUUCCGUAAUGUGCGGGCAUUCCUACAGGCGGUCAAAGACGCCGAUAUGUUUGUGUGGUUCCGAAUCGGGCCAUACAUUGACGCCGAGUGGGAAUUGGGAGGAUUCCCCGCGUGGCUCAUACGCGACCCACACAUGCGGCUCAACACUAACUACGGGCCAUACCUGACGGCAGUCGAGGCCUAUUUCAAGCGUGUGUUGUCUCUCAUCGAUGAGUUCCAGUUCCAAAAGGGCGGACCCAUUAUAGCCUUGCAGUUUGAGAACGAGUUCGGGGGGAUUCGUAGCGCCGGUGACCGACAAUACUUCGAUCUCAUGAGGAAUACUAUUAUCAACAGUAGUUUCAAAGAGUUGCUCACAAACUGCGACUCCCAGGAGACACCCCUAACGGCACUCAAAACCAUACAAAAGGAUGUUUUGGAAACAAUCAAUUUCAACAGCAGAUCGUUAAAACUAUUGACCGAGCUCCGUCAGGCGCAACCCAAUAAGCCUCUGUACGUGUCCGAGUUUUGGCCAGGGUGGUUUGAUGAAUGGGGCGGCAAACACGCCUAUUAUAGCGUGACUGACGUUGUAUUCAACGCCAAUUUAUCCAUCAAUUUCUAUAUGUUUUUCGGCGGCACUAACUUUGGGUUCAUGAAUGGCGGCCCAAAUCUGGUCACCAGUUAUGACUAUAACGCACCCAUUUUUGAAUCAGGUAAUUAUGCGGACAAGUAUUGGGAGACAAAGGAAUUGAUAGAAAAGUUUAACAAAAGAGGAGUCAACCAAAACUACUGAUCCCUAAACCCCCGGAACUAAUCAAAACCAAGGCAUUUUUGGUUCAUUGACUAUAGACUCAUUAAUUUUC